GACUGGCCCACUGGUUACUUUUGCUCAAGCAAGGAAUACCUGAACAGAGGCAACCUGCAAACGAGUACUUCUCCUGAGCCAGCAAAUAUGGUCAAAGUUGGAAUCAAUGGAUUUGGUCGGAUUGGACGUCUGGUGACCCGUGUUGCCUUCCUCACUGAAAAAGUGGACAUUGUGGCCAUAAAUGACCCCUUCAUUGAUAUAGAAUACAUGGUGUACAUGUUCACUUAUGACUCCACCCAUGGCCGCUUCAAAGGUGAGGUGAAAAGUGAGAAUGGCAAGCUCUUCAUCAACAACCAUCCCAUCACUGUCUUUUCUGAGAAGGACCCAGCCAACAUUAAAUGGGCUGAUACUGGUGCUGAGUAUGUGGUUGAAUCCACAGGAGUGUUCACCACAGUGGAGAAAGCUUCUGCCCAUCUGAAGGGAGGUGCAAAGAGGGUGAUCAUCUCUGCCCCCAGCGCUGAUGCGCCCAUGUUUGUGAUGGGUGUUAAUCAGAACGUCUAUGACAAGUCCAUGAAGGUUAUCAGCAAUGCGUCCUGCACAACAAACUGUCUCGCUCCUCUGGCCAAGGUCAUCCACGAUAACUUCGGCAUCAUUGAGGGACUCAUGAGCACAGUGCAUGCAAUCACAGCCACACAGAAGACUGUAGACGGUCCAUCCGGUAAGCUGUGGAGAGACGGGCGCGGUGCCAGCCAGAACAUCAUUCCUGCCUCCACUGGAGCUGCCAAAGCUGUGGGCAAAGUCAUCCCAGAGCUCAAUGGUAAGCUGACAGGCAUGGCCUUCCGUGUUCCCACCCCCAAUGUCUCUGUUGUGGAUUUGACAGUGCGUUUAGAGAAGCCAGCUAAGUAUGAAAGGAUAAAGAAGGUGGUGAAAGCAGCUGCAGAGGGCCCCCUCAGAGGAAUUCUGGGAUACACAGAUGAACCACUGGUGUCCACUGACUUCAACGGCGACUCUCACUCUUCAUACUUUGAUGCUGAUGCUGGCAUCGCUCUCUCUGACAACUUUGUAAAGCUGGUGACAUGGUAUGAUAACGAGUAUGGCUACAGCAGCCGUGUGAUUGAUCUCAUGGUCUACAUCUCUGCUAAAGAGUAAAACCGAGAUAUAAAUGUAUCACCAUCACCUAGGUCAACUCACAGUGUUUUGUGCAAUCUUCGAGAACAAGUCAUCACUAGUAACUUUUUUACUAUGACACUGUAUGUUUUAAAUUGUGAUGGCUUGUUCAGAUGUUAUAUAUCUUGAUUAAAGUCCUCUGUUCAUGGGA